GGGCUGGUUUCUGGAGAGUUCUUGAGGCCUAGCGUUUUGGGGGAGGGCUUGUGCUGAUCCUCUUUUUUCGCCUUUGCCCUCUUCCCCUUUCCCUUCACGGAAACCAAAUAUUCCCAGCUUCCGUGUCUUAUAUAUUAAUCAUCAAGAUGUAGUCCAACUUUUCUGUUAUCUUUCUCCUUUAUCUCCCUCUUAUAUAUGUAUAUAUACAUAUUUAUGGGUUUCUGGGUUUUUUAAUUCGUCGACAAGGCAAGAAAUUAUCUAUAAGGAGCUGGACAAUUUUGGUGUUUUCUGGGUUUGUUUGGAUUGUUUCUGUGUGGAGGAAUGGCUAAUGGUGGAGAGAAAAGCAAUGACUUUUACGCGGUUUUGGGGUUGGAAAAGGAAUGCACUGCCUCCGACCUCAGGAAUGCUUAUAAGAAACUUGCUCUGAGAUGGCACCCAGAUCGGUGUUCGGCUUCGGGAAAUUCAAAGUUCGUGGAAGAAGCCAAGAAGAAAUUCCAGGCUAUUCAGCAAGCCUAUUCUGUUUUAUCAGACGAGAGCAAGAGAUUUCUGUACGACGUCGGAGUCUAUGAUAGCGAUGAUGACGAAAAUGGAAUGGGUGAUUUUUUGAACGAGAUGGCAGUCAUGAUGAGCCAAACAAAGCCUAAUGAAGGUGGGGAAGAGACAUUUGAAGAAUUACAGCAGCUAUUUGAAGACAUGUUUCAGGGUGACACCGAGACAUUUGGAUCUGGCAGUUCCUAUUGCGAGAGUUCUGCUUCUUCAUCCUCGUAUUAUUCUGAGAGUUCCAGUUCUAAUAGCAAGCGCAGUUCCUCGGAAAUGAACAAUGGCAAUACAAACCUCAACAGUUCUUCCAGUUUCGCCGCCCACUUUCAGACCUUCUGUGUUGGGGUGGAGCGUCGUCGGCGGGAUACGAGGGAGGGGAACAGGGUAAGAGGAGAAGUUCGAGGAGGAGCAAGCGAUAGACAACAUGGCGGGAAACAAAAUGUUUCGGCUAGCUACGAUGUUUCUUCGAACAACUACUCUGGUAUUUCGGCUGCAUGAUUUUGCUUAACUACAAAAUAGAGCGCAAAAUUAUAAGCUUGGAGUGGAUCCUUUUGAUGGAUCAGGCAUUACAGGAUACAGGUAGGCAAAAAAAAAAAAAAAAAAGAAAACUUGUUUGUCACCACUUUUACCUUAUCUUUAGAUGGAGGAUUUGAGGCUGGGGCAGAGAGUUUUUGAGUCUCCAUGCUGUGGUUUAGUAUUGGUAGCUUGGUCUUAGAGCUUUUUUCGUUGUAAUGAUUCCCUUUUGUUCUUUUGAUAUUCUAAUAUCUAGUAGUCAUCUUCUUUUCUUCUAGUUUAAUUGUCAAAGGUCAACGUUUAAUCAGACUUAUAUUUUGUAAUGAACCAAGGACCAUAUCUCAUCUGGGGUGUUCUCAAUUUGCCCCCUUUUUUUUUUUUUUU